AUGCCUGCCAUCGCAAACGCUCUACGCAGGCUUAAUCCUUGGCACAAGGGCAAUCAUCUAACCCUUGAACCCUGGAACUUAGACGGCCCUCCACCCCCGCCGCGAAUCUCCAUCAGCGCCGCCUACGGUCUGCUCGUCCUCUACGCCCUAAGCUACUUCGUCCCCUUUUAUCUCUCGAAGGCCACCCGCCCGUCCCCAGCCCUCUCGCGGGACGCGCCCUCGGUCAUCCGCGCCCGCAUCCGCUUCGUGACGCUGUCAUGCCUCGCCUGCACGGUCGUCACCUACCAGGUGCUCACCCGCGCCGGCGGCACCACCCCUCUUGAGGCCCUGCACCUCCUCGGCCUCUGGCCGGUCGCCCUGCGCGACUCGUUGCGCGUGCUGUUCCUCACCGCCCUGCUCUUCGCCGGCCCGCUGUACAGCUGCCUCAUCGUCGAGCGCGGCUGGGCCGACUGGGUGCGCCUGCAGCCCCUCGUCGAGGUCUGGGAGGAGUGGACGACCUGGCGGAACAUUGUCGCAGGCCCCGUAACCGAGGAGGUCCUUUUCCGCGCGGCCUCGAUCCCCCUCGUGCUGCUCGCCCGCGUUCCGCCGCCCCCGACCGUCUUCCUCACCCCGGUCGUCUUCGGCCUCGCCCACGUGCACCACUAUUACGAGUUCCGCCUGACCCGCCCGGAUGUCCCCGCCGCCGCCUCCCUGCUGCGCUCCGCCUUCCAGCUCGCCUACACCACCCUCUUCGGCGCCUACGCCACCUUCCUCUUCCUGCGCACCGGCUCCCUCGCCGCCGUGUGCGCCGUCCACGCCUUCUGCAACUGCAUGGGCCUGCCCCAGCUCUGGGGCCGCGUGGAUCCCCCCUUCGACGUGGCCGCCGGCGUGCCGCUCUCGAGGAGGCCGCGGCCGAGCAUCCUGUGGACCGUCAUCUACUACGUGUUGCUCGUCGCCGGCGCCGUCCUGUGGUACCGGAAUCUGUGGGUGUUGAGCGAGAGCGAGAACGCGCUGCUUCCGAGCUCCGCGUUUGAUGCGAGCGUGCCAUCUUCUGCUUAG